AUGAUUAUACACAUUUUUUUUUUCAAAUUACGGAACGCAUGGGAUGACACAGGGUUUGGAAAAGAAGAUAAACAAAAUAAGUCGCAAUAUGACCUGCAAAAUGUCAAAUUAAAUUUAAACCAACAAGCGGAGACAUUCAUUGAUAAUUCAUCUGCACAGAUUGUAUCAAAUGUACGACAAUCUUAUCCAGACUUCUCAGAUCUUAAUGCAAAUCAAUUUGAACAAACUGAAAUUCCGAACUUACUAGCAGAAUCCGAUCAGGCAAGACCAGAUGAUGAUCAGAUGCUCAUAUCUGGCUGCUUAGCCGCUCGAGGACAGUUUCCAAGUCCAAAUAAUUGUGCCAAUUAUCUUAACUGUUGGGAUAAUACAGUAAUUGAACAGCAAUGUCCAAACGAUUUGCUUUUUAAUGAAAUGACUGGCUUAUGUGACUUUGAACAAAACGUCAAUUGCGGCGAACGGCCUGGACCCACUCCAAAGAAUCCUGAAACUAUCAUUAACAAACCAACUCUUAAAGUAUAUAAGGUUAAACCUCCUCCAUUCUACGUUCAACUACCAGGUAUUAAACACACUACUAACUUCCUAAGCUCCGGAGGAAUCCCAACUACCGACUUCAUAGUCCGGGAAUUUGACGAGUCGUUCACAAAAAUAUUUCCAAACAACAUGGAAACUUACGACCUAAUCAUUGCCUUACUUAAAAGUAAGACAAUUAACUACUUCACAUACACUCCUCGCCACCUCAAGGUUAAAACUGUGUUCUUGAAAGGAGUAAAAGGAGGAUAUGACGAAAAAGAUGUCAAAACUGCACUUAAGAGCCUCCAAUUACCUGAUGUCAAAAUUACUAAGUAUCAGCAACUGCCUCUAGCUUGCUGGCACCCCUCACAAGACCAAAAACAUUAUUGUCGCAACCUAUUAGGUGGGAGAGGCUCAGAAAGCCUACCAUAUUUAUGUGCAAUAGAUGCCAGUAAACUUGUCACUCCAGCGCUAACUGUCAUCUGCCUCCAGUCUGCGUUAAAUAUGCAGGCAAUUAUGAGUCCAAAGAUUGCACCAUCACAUCACCAAUGGACAAAUCAGCUCUUAAGUGCAUCAACUGUGGGGGAACUGGUCAUCCGGCAAACCACAGAUGAUGCCCAGCACUAA